UCAUCAAUCACUCCAAGUGACGACCGGCGGGAUCAGCUCUUCGCCAGCGCACGACGGGGUUUUCUUUUCCCACACGCAAUGUCUCACAUGUCAGCUGCUGCCGGCGAGCAAGACACGACGACUCGGGCCGUCGGUGACGUCGAGGUUUCGGAGGUGAAGGAGGAAGCAAAUGACGGAGGUCGUGUCUCGGACGUGAUGGAUGUCUCGGGAGAGCCCGCGGAAGAAGCGAAGUCCGAACCCGUCGUUGUUACCGACGCGGAGGACGCUGGCGCGGAGGUUACAGUGGAGGUUGCCAAUAAGGAGAAGGAGGACGUUGCGCCCACACUCGAACUGGUCGAUCCUGCGCUCAGGCCGAUCUUGGGCAAGAAGGGUUCGUUCGUGUAUGACCGCGAGUCUAAGCAGUGGGUCGUGAAGAAGGAACCUGCUUCUCCUACUUCUCCCAUUGUGCCCAGCAACGACGAUGUUCCUGCUACUGCGAGUACCGUGGACGCUUCUCCCCCCGAAGAAGCGACGAUCGCUCAGCCGGAGCCGGAGGUGCACGCGACCGCCAUCGCCGAGCCCGAGCCUGAAACGGCGGAGCUUGCUACAGAGCCCGAGCUCGCCCAUGAAGAACCAAAAGUUGGAGAUGCUGCGGCUGGGGAGCCGGCGGACGAGACCGCAGCGGAGCCCGAGCCAGCUCACGAAGAGGCACCCGCUGAACUCGCCACUGGUGAAUCGCAAAGCGAUGUUUCAGUGGAGCCACAGCCAGCUCACGAAGAGGCUGCUGAGGUCGGCGCGGUUGAGGAGCCGGCGAGCGAGGCCGUAACGGGGUCAGAACCGGUUCACGAAGAGUCUGCUGAGCCCUCUGCGGUUGAAGAGCCCGCGGGCGAGAUCGUAACGGAGCCAGAAUCUGUCCACGGAGAGGCUGCCGCCGAGCCCGCCGCAGUCGAGGAACCGGCGAGUGAGGCCGUGGCGGAGCCCCAGCCAGAAACAUCGGCGACUAUCCCGGAGGAGGCUGCUCCUCCUGAGGUUCCCGCGCCUGCCAUCGAGGAGCCGUCUGCCCACGAAGAGGUCUUUGCCGACGAAACAUCCACGCCCGCCGCUAUCGAGGAGAUCACGGUCGAGGGCGCAACAGAGUCCGAGCCGGAGGCUGAAGCACCUGUCGCGGACGCUCCAGCCGUGGAAGCGGCAGACGCGACUGUUGAAGAUGUCCAACUUGAGAAGAGUGCGGCGUGGGAAGCACAGCUGCUCGAGGCGGCGCAGCCGGCGACGGAGCCCGUCGUCGAGGUCGAGGACCAGGACGAAGUUCCUGCUGCCGUAGACCCCGUUGCCGCUGAAGAAUCUGCUCCCGUUGCUACUCCUGACCAGCCGAUCGAGCCCGUCGCUGAAGAGCCUGCACUUGAGACGCCUGAGGCUGCGAGCGUUGUCGAGGAGAAGACCGCCGUUGAGGAAGACGUCGUAACUCAAACCGAGCCCGAGCCCGAGCCGGCGACCGCUGAAAUCGAGGAGGUGCCUGCUGCUGUUUCUGAACCGGAUCACCCUGUAGAGCCGGUCGUGGACGAAACUCCUGCCGCCAGCGAGGAGCCCGCGGAGUCCGCCGCUGAAGAGUCCUCUACGCCCAACGUCGAGACCCCCACUUUGGCGCCCAAGGUCGCCUCCGGUGCAGAGCCCGAUCAGUCUGUCGACCUCGUCGCAGAGGAACCUGCACUCGACUUAGCUGCGGAUACCGAGGACGAGCCUGCGGAUGACGUAGCGUCCAUUGCUGUUACCAUCGACUCUGAGGACGUCGCCGUCGACGACAUCACGGACGCGGCCGUCGACGACAUCACGGACGCGACCCCCGUCGUCUCCGAGACCGCGAGCGUUGCUUCGGAUGCUGCCAGCGAGGUGGAAACGGAUGUGCCGGAGGGCGCGGACGACGUCGCGUCCACUGCGGUCACAAUCGAUUCGGAGGACGUCACUGUCGACGAUAUUACCGAGGGAACAGUGAGCGAAGCGGAGACGGACGUGCCCUCCAGCGCGGACGAGGAGACCAGCGGGGAAGCGACCGACGUGCCCUCCGCUUUGGAAGACACUGCCAGCGAAGUCACCAUCCCUCCGCCCUCCGACGAUGCAGCCAUGGAACCAGAGGCCGAAAGCGCGAACGAAGCGGUUGUCGAAGAGUCCGUACUCGGACCGGCCGUUGAGGCGGAGAAUGCGAACGAGGUGGCUGUUGAAACGACCGUGGCCGAACCAGCUGCCGAAGCGGAAAGUACCGCUGAUGCGGGCGCCGUACCGACUGAAGAGCCGGCCAGCCUAGAGGUGGCGGAGGAGAGCACGAACGAAGGUGCAGUGUCGCCCUCCGUUCUGCUGGACGGUCAACCCGUCGAAGCACCGGAGACUGCGAACGAGGCCGUAUUCGAGCAUGAACCUACAGUCGAGGCGGACCGGGCGCGCUCGCCGUCGUUGUUGCUGGAGGGUGAGCCAAUCGAGGCGCCUGGAGGCGACGAAGAGGAGGUUGCUGCCGGGCCCGUGGAGGAGACCGAGCGCCCAAAGUCGCGCAGUAGCUUCGUGCAGUCGUACUCGGUCACGUCACAGGGUCCUGGGGAGGCGGUUGAAGAAGCGCAGGCGGAGGGCACCGUCGAGGUGCCGUUGACGCUCGAUACGCACGUGGACGACGCCGUUGCGACCGCACCGCCGCCGACGUUGCGGAAGAGCUCGUCGCGGGCUUCGAUGUCGUAUACGGUGACUACCCAAGGUCCCGGAGGUGCUCAGAAAGAGGAGUCGGAAGAAGUCGCAGAGCCAGAGCCCGAGGUGAAGGAGGUUGAGAAGUCGCGCUCGUUGAGCCCCGAGCCCGGUUUGAAGAGGACGCCUUCGCAGGCGUCGCUGUCGUACUCGGUAACGCACCAGGCGGGGUCGCCUCGCACGGAGCCCCAGGAGCCCGUGGAGAACGUCGUUCCAGCAGAGGAAGAGGUUGCGCCUGUCGCCGCGGUUGAGACUAUACCGGCCGAAGAAGUGCCAGCCGCGACUGAAGAUGUUCCGGAGACGCAACAAGCCGCGAACGAGGUGGCCGUCGAGGGGCCGGUUCCGGAUGAGGCAGCACCCGUUGCUGAAGAGCCGAAACAAGAGGAGACUGUCCCAGAGAGCGCGAACGAGGCUGUGCUUCCGCCUUCCGUCGCUGUCGAAGGGGAGUCUGUGGACCUGGAGGGCAGUGCGAACGACGCCGCGACGGUGGCGGGCACCGAGCCGGAGGCGCUCACGGCGCCCAAGCCGAUUCGCAGGAGCUCGUCGCAGGCGUCGCUGUCGUACACCGUCACGAGGCAAGGGCCAGGCGAGCCUGUGCAAACUGAGACCCAGAUCGUGGAUGAACCGGAGGCUGUGGGGGAGCCGUCCGCUCCUGCGCCUGCGGCGCUCGAUGCGCCGGCACUGAAGAGAACCUCGUCGCAAGCGUCGCUGUCUUACUCCGUGACGCGUCAGGUGCCCGGCCAGCCUGCUGAGGAACCUACCGCAGAGGAGGCUGAGGUGGAGAAGGAGACUGUUGCUGUUGUGCCUGCGCAGACUCUCGAGGCUGAGAAGCCAACGUUGAAGAAGAGCGCGUCGCAGGCGUCUUUGUCUUAUUCUGUGACGCGGCAGGUUCCUGGGCAAGCUGCCGAGGAGGAAGCCACCGUCGAACAGGAGGAACCGGAGAAGGCAACUGAGCCUGAGCCCUUGCAGCUCCAGGCGCCGUCGCUGAAGAAGACGCCGUCCCAGGCUUCUCUCUCUUACUCCGUUACCCAUCAAAUGCCUGGUCAGACCACGGACCCCGAGCCGGAGGCGGAGGUAGUCGAUGUCGAGCAAGCGGAGGAAGAGAAGCAACAGCUGGAUGCGCCAACGCUCAAGAAGUCGCCGUCGCAGGCGUCGUUGUCGUACUCUGUCACGAGGCAGGUGCCCGGGCAACCUGCGGAAGAGCCUGUGGAAGCGCCGCAAGCGAAGAUUGAGCCACAGGCAGAGCACCUGCAGGCGCCAACGCUCAAGAAGUCGCCCUCGCAGGCAUCGUUGUCGUACUCUGUUACGAGGCAAGAACCGGGUAAACCGGUCGAGGAGCUUGCGGACGAACCAACCGUAGAAUCUGCGCCAGCUGCUCCUGCUGUUGAGGUCAAGACGCUCGAGCCGCCAGUGCUGAAGAAGUCCCCCUCGCAAGCGUCGCUGUCGUACUCCGUCACGCGACAGGUGCCCGGUCAGACUGCCGAAGAGGCGAAGGACGACGAGGUAGUGGACUCGGCGGUGGACGUCAAGGCUUCGCCGUUGGUCGUGCCGCCGGCUGCUGGCGCCGACGUCGAGAGGCCGCGAUCACCUUACGCGGCGUCGUACUCCGUCUUCACGCAGGGACCUGCAAACGGCAAAACGGAACUUGCAGCGCCAGCGGAGGCAGACAAGCCGGCGUUCCCUUCGAGUGCUGAGGAAAGUGCGUCUGUGCCUACGAGCCCGGCCGUGGACAGUGCGGAUACCAAGCGCACACGCCGUGUCUCGCACGCGUCAACGGUGUCGUCACGGUUCUUCCCCGGGGGUUGGUUCUCGAGUUCGCCGAAGACGGCCGAGAUCUUGGAGGAGGCGCCUGCGCUCGUCGCUAGCGAGAGCGAGGUGGUACAUGAACCAACGACUCCUGCUGCUGGUGGAGAGAAGAAGAAGGAGAAAGGGUGGGGAUGCGUGGUGAUGUGAGGCCUCUUUUGGGGGAAUGAACGAACGUUGGUGGGUGGGUGCCCACGCGGUAACGGCGAGGCGUUGGGUGAAGAGAGACGUGCUUUAUUCUUUACGCUAUUUCUUCGCAUUCGGUCUUGGGCUUGCUUCGUUUCAUGUUUAUGACGACUUGAUUACGACCACGAUAGUUUCCUGGAAUGGAGUAAUUUUCGCG